AGCACUCUCAUAUUUGACCGCUGUCUCCGAGCUCUUCUCCAGCAUGGCUAGACGAUAUGACUCAAGAACGACGACCUUCUCCCCCGAGGGUCGUCUCUAUCAAGUUGAGUACGCUAUGGAAGCUAUCUCGCACGCCGGAAUCUGCGUCGGAAUACUUGCCAAGGACGGUAUUGUUCUCGCAGUUGAGAAGAAGAUCACUUCAAAGCUACUUGAGAAUAUUUCCAGUGAAAAGAUGUACAAGGUUGACGACCAUCUGGCGUGUGCUGUAGCUGGUAUCACGGCUGAUGCUAACAUUCUCAUCAAUUAUGCUCGUCUAGCAGCUCAGCGCUAUUCGCUGACUUAUCAAGAACCAAUUCCUGUAGAACAAUUGAUUAUUAAUUUAUGUGAUCGAAAGCAAGGAUACACGCAGUUUGGAGGGCUAAGACCUUUUGGGGUUUCGUUCUUGUGGGCUGGUUGGGAUAAAAACUACGGUUUUCAACUUUACCAAAGCGAUCCUAGUGGGAACUAUGGUGGAUGGAAGGCAACUGCCAUUGGUGCUAACAAUCAGGCUGCGCAGUCGAUCUUGAAGCAGGAAUACAAGAAUGACAUGGAGCUUACUGAGGCCGUCAAGCUUGCCAUCAAGGUUCUCAACAAGAGCAUGGAUUCCACCUCCCUCACCUCCGAGAAACUCGAAAUUGCCACAGUUUCCAUGGUCGAAGGCUCUUUGCAGUACAAGAUUUUGGAUGGCGCGACUGUCGAUGCUGCAUUGAAGGAGUUGGACUUGCAGCCAACCGAGACUUCGUAGACGGGAGGGAUCGAAAUGACAGAUGUGGGAGGAAUGGACCAAAUAUUUUGUUAAGAAACUCUUUCGAACUC